AUGGACCGAUCUCAGAGUGCACACCUUUCCUUCGAGGACCCCGCGGUGUUUGCUCGGCAUGCGUCUAGCAUACACGAGCUUCGUGAGCAAGGCUGGGCUUUUUUCCAGUCCACGGUCAAGAGCCGCUCGCACCUGCUCCUUGAUAACUCGGCGAAAACAUGGGGAUUAUGUUAUUCGACUUCCGAUCGGACUCUCGAUACUCGAGUUGAAGACAACGGUAGACUUGAUGCAUGCCCUGUUGAGCAAAAUCCUUUUGCCACGGUGUCGCUCGUGAAAGACACCUCGGGAGACGUCGAACAGUCAGAUGCUUGCACGGAGAUUUCAUGCGAUAGCCUCGAGGUCGAAGUCUACAUAAAUGGAGCGCAUCUCAUACCUGGAGAGCCACGCAAACUCCAAUCCAAUGACGUUGUUCGGUUCAAUGGUGCAGAGUACAUCUAUCGGCACUUAAUUGGUGCUCAAGAUACGCCCUACGGUGUCGAGGCCGAACGGUACGAUGUCCGCGAACCCAUAGCGGUCGGAGAGUCAGCACCAAGCCGUUGGAUCGCAAAGCACUUGAAAACCCGCCAGGCUGUCGUCGUCAAGCGUAUCACGGUACCGACUAGAAGGCUCGACGAAGUUGCAUCUAAUAUCAGGAUAUGCGACGAGCUCCGCCACCGGAACAUUGUGUCCCUGUUUGACUGCUAUAUGCAUCCCGAGGAUCUUCAGCGCCCCGAGAGACGAAUCAGCAUUGUGACGUCGUUCACUCCUCACGGAAAUCUACACGACUUCAUCACAGUAGGCAAUGGAAAACUCGGUGAAACUCUUUCUCGACCCGUCAUGGCCCAACUCAUGGAUGGGCUGAUGUAUAUGCAUGAUCAAGGCAUACUCCACUGCGACAUGAAGCCUGAGCAUGUCCUCGUAUACGGUUUGGGCUCAGCUGGUCCCAUAGUCAAAAUCAGUGGUCUCGGGCUCGCCACGCGCUCUGGGAAGAAUGACGGUAGGGAGCUCAGUCCAUCUCUUCGUCGGGCGAUGAUGAAGAGCGCCGCAUGGGCUCCACCUGAAUCGCUGAACUAUGAGCAUACGGAGCUCAGCGAUGCCUUCAGCUUAGGAGCCAUCAUGUUUUUCAUCCACUGGGGUAAGCCGCUUUAUGACAUAGAAGGAGGCAUGUUCUUCGAAGAAAUCAUGCAACGGAGGCGCACGAAUUUCACUAAAUUACGGAGGCAGAUGAUGAGCUCCAACGCAUGUGACCUCAUCGAAAGCCUUACGAAGGUGUCCAUGAGCGAACGAAUUGGCUUACGCGAAGCGCGACGACACGCCUGGUUCAACGGAUGUCAAGUCCCCCCUCCAUUCUCUGCUCAAUACCAGUACGACGACCCACUGGUUCAAGAAUUUAUCGCUAGAGGCGGGAGACCUGCCGUUAGCAACCAUGACCCCGUCAACAAGAACGGUCUUCUGGACUUCAGCGACUGCUUCUCCGCCGACAGCGAUUCUCUGUUCGAUGCCGGCCUUAUCUCCGAGAGCGAAUUCGAGGCGCGCCGGGGGCUUGAAUGGGAUGUUCUGGAUUCUCUCGUAAAUUCCACUUUCUUGGAGUCUGAGGGCUACUUUGGCGCGCUUGCUAGCGAAAUAUCCCCGGAACCAAGCUCCUCGCUCGCCACGAUCUGUGUCAUCCCGAUCACUGGAGCACAGGCUUGUGAACCCGUCAUAACCGCGGGGGCGCCGUCGUUCGUCGAGCCGGAACGUUACGACUACGAAGAAACAGACGUUAAAGGCUGGGAUCCCGUGAGCGAAACCUUCGUUUCCUUGGCCGACAAACCCAACCGGCGCGGACCGCGGGUCUAA